AUGGCUCACUCGAUGGACAACAAUGAACGCGACUCGAGCUCGACUCGCAGCGGCGGCGCUGGUGCUGGCGGGGGGUCCACGGAAUUUCUACAGUCAUCAGCCAUGGCAAGGCCCCCUGCACAGACGACUCUCACCGCCUCAUCGUCGUCCAACUAUGCCUCUAGCGUGUCUAGUGACAGCCAGAUGCAGACAGGGGGCCUCCCCGGGACACCUGUUACCCGACGCUCAGGCGGAUGGGACCGGCAAACGCUCUCCCCGGCGGCGGCUGCAAGGGAAGACCAUGUCGUUAAGACCAACAGUAUAGAGGACUCUUCUGAUUCUUCGGAUGAGUUUGUUGCCAGUUACAAGCCUAUGGAACGUGGGUCGCGGUCCAAACGGUUCUUCCAAGCAUUCGUCGCCAAAUUCACCAAAUCCUCUGUUCGGUACGGUUUGGUGCCGAAUAGCCAGCAAGAACAAGACAGAAAUGUCAUUCAACAUACUGUUAUCAUCAAUAUCUUCAAGGGACUUCACUUAUCGCCGAUAACCUCGAAACCAAAGCGAGUGCUUGAUGUGGGCACUGGACCUGGAACAUGGGCAUUAGAAUUUGCCACGAAAUACCCUUCCUGUUCUGUGUUAGGCGUCGACAUUGAACCAGUCCAUCCACCAUAUACAAAAUCUAACUGCAGCUUUAAAACAUUCGACAUUACGCACGACUGGGAUAUUUUCAAUGGCGGCAAUUUCGAUUUUAUUCACAUCCGACAAUUAGGCGACAUUGGAGACAAGAAGAAGUUGAUCCAAUCAGCGUUUGAUAACCUGAGGCCAGGAGGAUGGGUCGAAUUCACAGAAUGGAUCGCGAUCCUACAAUCACCGAACCACUCAUUGAAGGGCACAGCAUUCCGAAGAUGGAACGAUUUAAUGGAGCAAGGGAUGCAGAAUUUUGGUACAACGCUGAAGUAUCCGGAAAAGUUCAAACCGUUCUUACAAGAAGCUGGCUUUGAGCGCAUCAUAGAGACGAGACACGGAGCGCCGACAAAUGCAUGCUAUCCUGGGAAGAAGCUACAGCGUAUAGGACAUCUUAUGACACAGAAUUGGCUGUUCAUUCUUGAACCAUUGACCAUGCCCGUUUUUACACAGGGCUUGGGUUGGCCGCCGGAUGAGGUCAAGAAGUUUCUGGUGGAUAAUAACGUUCUGUGCCCAAAAGCCGGCACCUGGAUCAUCAACGCCAUCGAAUUCCGCGCCGGCUUCAGUCUCGGCGUCAGUUUCGACUUCUAUGUCGGAAUCCUCGAUGCCGCGAUAGGCCUAGAUGUCGUGGUGGGCUACGGAAUAUCAAGUCUUUAG